AGGACAGUAACACAAGGAAACAAACUAGGGGAAAGAUUGGAUCUUGCACUCCCCCACACCACUUCCUGUUUCCCUCUCAACUGAUUUGACUGCUCUUCUCAGAAAUGGUAUACAACUUAUGAAUAUAAACUCAUUGUGCAUAAUAUCGUGGGGUAUGCACCAAGCAAGGAGGCAAUUGUGACCACAUUAGCAGGACUCCCAGAGAAGAGCGCUACCCUGGAAAUACAGGACCUCAAUCACACGGCAAUUAGAGUCGGAUGGUCUAGACCAACCCUGAAAGAUUUACAAGGUGAUGUUGAAUAUUAUACCCUCAUCUGGAGUUCUGCUACAUCAAAUGAGUCACUGAAAAUCCUGCCUGAUGUAAACUGUUUUGUAAUCGGUGACUUAAAACCAAACACAGAGUAUCAGAUUUUUAUUUGUGUUUUCAACGGAGCCCACAGCAUCAACAGUGAAGUACUACAUGUGACCACUCGGGAUGGAGAGCCUCAGGGCAUGCUUCCUCCAGAGGUUGUCAUCAUCAACAGUACAGCUGUACGUGUCAUCUGGACAUCGCCUUCCAACCCAAAUGGUGUUGUCACUGAGUAUUCAGUCUAUGUAAAUAAUAAGCUUUACAAGACUGGCAUGAAUGCGCCUGGGUCUUUCGUUCUGGGAGACCUGUCUCCAUUCACUAUCUAUGACAUCCAGGUUGAAGUCUGUACCAAAUACGCUUGUGUGAAGAGCCAAGGAACUAAAAUCACGACUGUAGAAGAUACACCAUGUGAGAUUGCAGCACCCAAAAUACACAUAAUCAGCUCAAGGUCACUUCAGAUUGACUGGGAGUCACCAGCACAACCAAAUGGUCUCAUCCUUGGAUAUGAACUUUUGCGGAAAACUUGGUAUUCUUGUACUAUAUCCCAAAAAGUAAUUGGGAACCAAAAUGAUGGGUUCUGCAGGAUUAUAAGAUGUCAGAAGCCUGAUAACAUCUGUGGACACAUGUGUUAUUCUCCUGAAUCUAAGGUUUGUUGCAAUGGAAUUCUUUAUGACCUCAAACUUGGAUAUGUUUGCUGUGAGGAUAAUUAUAUCCCAUUUGGUCCUAAUUCAUCCAGAAUUUGCUGUGGUGGUCGCAUGCAUGAGAUCCAACCGAAAUAUCAGUGCUGCUCAGGGUAUUAUACCAGAGUCCUCCUAGGUGAAAUAUGCUGCCUAGAUGAUGAAUACAAAAGGGUUUCAGUUGGCAUUGGGGAUACUUGCUGCAAGAAUAUCCCAUAUUCUACUUCUGGAAACCAGAUCUGCUGUGCUGGGGUAUUGCAUGAUGGUUAUAAGCAACAGUGUUGUGGUGGAAAGGUGGUGAGCAAAGAAUUAGUCUGCUGUGGUGGUGAAGAAGAGGGCAGCGUACAUAUCAGCCUUCCAGAGAUGUUCUGUUGUGGGCAGGAUUAUGUGAAUAUGUCAGAUACCAUAUGCUGCUCAGCUUCCAGUGGCGAGUCUAAAGCACAUGUUAAAAAGAAUGACCCAGUGCCAAUAAAAUGCUGUGAGACUGAACUUAUUCCAGAGACCCAGGAAUGCUGUAAUGGAGUUGGAUAUAAUCCUUUGAAAUAUGUUUGCUCUGACAAGAUUUCAGCUGGAAUGAUGAUGAAGGAAAUCAAAGAAUGCAGACCUGCUUCCCUCUGCCCCAUUUCCAAGAAAGAUGCAGCAUAUUGUGGGAGGUGUGACUUCAAUCUCACCAGCCAUGUUUGUGCUUUGAUAAGAAAUCCUCAACAGUCUCCCCAGAAACUGUCAUAUGAAGAUACUUGUCCAUCAGCUGAAGAAACUGUCUACACUGGGAACACAAGCACCUAUUCCUUCACAGAUGUUAACCUUGAGCCCUAUACAAUGUAUGAGUACAGAAUUGCUGCAUGGAAUAGUCACGGGCAAGGUUUCAGCAAAGUUGCCAAGACCAGCACAAAACAAGAUGUGCCUCAAGGAGUGAGUCCUCCUACCUGGACCAAAAUGGAUAAUCGUGAAGAUGUAAUUGUUUUAAACUGGAAGAAACCUAUUCAACCAAAUGGUGUGAUCAUUCAUUAUAUUGUUCUCCGAAAUGGGAUUGAACGUUUUCGAGGGACAGAAAUGAGCUUUGUGGAUACCAAUGGAGUCCACCCUUACCAAGAAUAUUCAUACCAGCUGAGGGUCUGCACAGUUUCAGGCUGUACUGAUAGUUACCAGGUAGUUGCAGCCACCAUCCAAGGAGUUCCAGAGAGUGUAUUGCCUCCAAAAAUAACAGCCCUAAGUGCAGAAGUGCUCUAUCUGAGUUGGAGAGUCCCUGAGAAACCAAAUGGUAUCAUCAGAGAGUACCGGAUUUAUCAGUCUGGGAAAGGUCUUAUCCACAUUGACAAGGGGAAGAUGGAGCAUACGGUCACAGGGCUCUGUGCUUACACUAACUACAGUUUCACACUUACAGCUUGUACAUCUGUUGGAUGUACUACUAGUCAGCCAAUUGUGAGUCGAACACUGCAGGCUGCUCCUCAAGGGGUCUGGUCAAUACCACGUCACAUUAUCAUCAACUCUACAACAGUGGAAUUAUAUUGGAAUGAGCCAGAAAAACCCAAUGGCCUCAUUUCCAAAUAUCAAUUGCAUCGUAAUGGAACUGUGAUCUUUCUGGGUGGCAGAGAAGAUCAGAAUUUCACUGAUGACAGCUUGGAGCCCAAGAGCAGUUAUGUUUACCAACUGGAAGUCCACACUGGAGGGGGCAGCAAUACCAGUGAUGACUAUGUUGUACAGACUCCUGAAUCAACCCCAGAGGAAAUUUAUGCCCCAUAUAAUGUCACAGUAGUUGAUCCCUAUUCUAUAUUUGUAGCCUGGAGUCCAUCAGGAGAGACACAUGUCCCCAAGGUGCCUUUACAAUAUAAUGUCUUACUAAAUCCUGGUAGUGUGGAGCCAUUGAUCUAUCCAGUUGGUCACCACCAUUUAACUGUGGUAAAGAAUCUAACCCCAUACACACAGUAUGAAGUAAGGAUACAAGCAUGUCAAAAUGGUGACUGUGGAGUCAGCAGUGGUACCUUGGUGACAACUUUUGAAGCAGCUCCCUUGGAUCUGAAACCCCCAUUUCUUUUGACUAUGGGACCUACCAGCAUAUUAAUUAGAUGGUUACCACCUACAAAGCCAAAUGGAAUCAUCAUCAACUAUUUUAUUUACCGACGUACAGUUGGCAUUGAAGGGGAGUCAUUGUUGUUCAUCUGGUCUGAAGGAUCUCUUGAGUUUACUGAUGCUUCUGAUACUUUGAAGCCUUUCACUCUUUAUGAAUAUCGUGUAAGAGCUCAUAACUCCAAGGGCUCCGUGGAAAGCCCAUGGUCAUCAGCACAGACAAUGGAAGCCCCUCCUAUGGGUAUGCAAGCUCCCCAGGUUCAAGCUACCAGUGCUUACUCUGUGCUGCUGAACUGGACCAAGCCAGAAUCCCCCAAUGGUAUUAUCUCCCAGUACCGUAUUAUCUACCAAGAGAGACAAAAGGAUCCAAUAUUUAAUGUUCCAACUGUGACCGCUUUCACAGUGAUGGGAACAAGGCACCAGGCUCACCUUUUUGGAUUAGAACCAUUCACAACCUAUCAUAUUGGCAUUGUCGCUGUCAACCUUGUAGGAGAAGUGUCAAGCCCAUGGACCACAGUCUGCACCUUAGAAUCUUCCCCAAGUGGGCUGAGCAACUUUACAGUGGAAAGGAAAGAGGAUGGGCAUGCACUGUUACUUCAGUGGUCAGAGCCUGUUAGAACCAAUGGUGUGAUUAAGGCAUACAAUAUCUUCAGUGAUGGUAGCCUGGAAUAUACUGGCUUAUCGCGUCAGUUUCUUUUCCGACGCCUUGAACCUUUCACUCUCUACGUAUUAACCCUGGAAGCGUGCACGACGGCAGGCUGCACUCUCUCUACCCCGCAGGCUCUCUGGACAGCGGAAGCCCCUCCGACCUCUCAGUUGGCUCCCACAAUCCAGUCUGUGGAAGCAACCAGCAUUGAACUGAGUUGGUCUGAGCCAAUUAAUCCAAAUGGAAAAAUAAUUCACUAUGAAGUGAUUCACAGAUGCUUCAAGGGCUAUGCUGGGGGAAACAGGACAACUGAAGCAGAUGAGAAAAUUGUUUUCACAGAAUAUAACACCGAAAGGAAUACAUUUGCGUAUAAUGACAAAGGUUUACAACCUUGGACUUUGUAUGAAUAUAAAAUCCGUACUUGGAAUUCAGCCGGUCACACCGAUAGCCCUUGGUCUGCAGUGAAGACAAAGCAAGCCCCACCAGAAGGUCUUUUGCCACCUGAUUUGGUCUUUGAAUCUUUCAAUCCCCGGAGACUGAUAAUUUCUUGGGCCCCUCCAGCACAGCCUAAUGGAAUUAUCCAUUCCUAUCGACUUCAAAGAAAUGAAGCACUCUAUCCUUUCAACUUUGAUGCUGAGACUUUUAAUUAUACUGAUGAUGAAUUGCUUCCUUACUCCGAAUACAGCUAUGCAGUGAUAGCUUGCACAGCUGAAGGCUGCUCCACGAGUCAAGUUUCCACCAUCAAAACUCCUGAGGCAGCCCCAGCUCUCGUCAAUCCCCCCUCUCUUUGGGCUCUUACUGCUACUCAGAUAAAUGCAUCUUGGUCACCACCCCCAACCCCAAAUGGAGAAAUCAUUCGGUACUUCCUGCAGUUUGAUGAUCAAGAAUACCAUGCUGGCAAGAAUCUGUCUGGGGUGGUUUCCCAACUGCAGCCAUACACUCAGUACGAGUUCACUUUAAUAGCCUGUACCAUUGGAGGCUGCACAGCUAGCAAGACCAAAUCUAUCAGGACAAUGGAGGCGCCACCCCAAAGUAUGAGCUCCCCAAAGGUACAAGCCACAGGCUCAGAGUCAGUAGAAAUUACCUGGAAAGUACCUGCUCGCCCAAACGGACAAAUAACCAAUUAUGAGGUUAAGAGAGACGGAGAGAUUAUAUAUACUGGUAUGGAAACUCGCUAUCAUGACUUGAACCUUUCCUCUGGCAAGGAGUAUGGAUACACAGUGACAGCCACCAAUAGUCAAGGCAGCACCUCUAGUCCACUGGUGAAAGUCAGAACGAACCCUUCCGCGCCAUCUGGGAUGGCACCUCCAGAGCUCCAGGCAUGGAAUUCUCAAGAGAUCAAAGUGAACUGGGAUCCUCCUGUAAAGACCAGUGGUGACAUCAUUAACUACACCCUCCGUAUCUGGGAUCCAGUGGAAACAGAGGCAGAAGCCAUACACAUGAACACAACUCACAAUUCUUUUGCCAAGAGGUCAUUCAUGGUGACCCAAUUAAAACCUUUUCAUAGGUACGAGAUACGAAUUCAAGGAUGCACAUUGCUGGGAUGUGCUUCAAGUGACUGGUCAUCCAUACAAACCCCUGAAACUUCACCAAUGCUGCAACCUCCACCAAUCUUAGAUGUACAAAUGGGUCCAAGAGGAUUCCAGCCCAGAGUUUCUCUCCAGUGGACUGGGCCACUUCAGCCAAAUGGGAAAAUUCUAUAUUUUGAAUUGUAUAGAAGACAAGUAACAGCUUUGCCUGGGACAUCAAGCCCAGUACUAGUGUAUAAUGGAACCUUAACCUCAUUCACAGAUUCUGAGCUCUUGCCUUUUACGGAGUAUGAGUAUCAGGUCUGGUCUGGGAAUUCAGCAGGAAAGUCACCCAGUAGCUGGGUACAGUGUAAAACAGGCCCAGCACCACCAGAAGGUCUUCAAGCUCCAAAAUUCCAUGCUAUCUUCUCUACUCAAGCUGUGGUCAAUAUUAGCCCUCCUCUGAAGCCCAAUGGUAUUGUGAGUCUUUAUAGGCUGUUCUCCAACCAUACCAGAGGUACAGAGAAUGUGUUGUCUGAAGGCAUGGCCAUCCAGCAGACCAUACAUGACCUGGAACCUUUCACUACCUAUUCCAUUGGGGUGGAAGCCUGUACCUGCUUCAAUUGUUGCAGCAAGGGGCCAGUAGCUCAACUAACUACUCACCCUGCUCCACCUUCCCAGCAGCCCCCUCCUCAGAUCCAGACAUUGACCUCCAGGACUGCCUCCUUCCAAUGGAAUCCUCCAUCAUCCCCCAAUGGCAUUGUAGAAAGUUAUGAGCUGGAACUCUAUAUUCCAUGUCCCCUGACUGCAGAAAUGCCCUGCACUCCUGGGCCAACAGAAAUCAAGUACACUGGACAGAGUCAGAGUGCCAGCAUUGGGGAUCUUCAGCCCUAUACCAGCUAUAUGCUGAGAGUAGUGGCAUACAAUAUGGUGGGCAGCACUGCUUCAGAGUGGAUCAGCUUCACCACUGAAAAAGAAUUCCCUCAAUACAGAGCACCAUUUUCCGUGGCCAGUAAUUUAUCUGUGGUUUAUAUCAACUGGAGUGGUACUUUCCUGCUGAAUGGCAAGCUGAAGGAGUAUAUAUUGACAGAUGGGGGCCAGCGUCUCUAUAGUGGCUUAGAUACCAGCCUCUACAUACCCAGGACAGCGGAUAGAACAUUCUUGUUUCAGGUGACCUGCACUACUGACGAAGGAAGUGUCAAGACGCCUUUGAUCCAGUAUGAUACCUCUACUGGACUUGGCCCAGAACUAACAACUCCUGGAGAGAAGAUGGGAGCAGGGAGCAAGCAUGCUGAGUUCUACAAUGAGCUGUGGUUUAUAAUAUUAAUGGCGACUCUGGGUUUGAUCCUACUGGCUAUUUUUCUGUCUCUGAUCCUACAAAGGAAAAUACACAAAGAGCCGUAUAUCAGAGAGAGACCUCCAUUAGUGCCACUUCAGAAGAGGAUGACUCCACUGAGUGUCUACCCGCCAGGUGAAACUCAUAUGGGGCUGGCUGAUACAAAGAUCCCCCGGACAGGGACUCCCAUGAGCAUUCGGAGCAACAGAAGCAUGUCUGUACUCCGCAUCCCAAGCCAAAGCCAGAUGAGUCGAACCUACUCCCAGCCUUCUCUGCAUCGCAGUGUCAGUCAACUCAUGGACAUCCAGGACAAGAAGGUUUUAACUGAUGACUCACUGUGGGAGACCAUCAUGGGCCAUGACAGUGGGUUGUACGUGGAUGAUGAAGAUUUGAUGAAUGCUAUCAAGGGUUUCAGUUCUGUGACUAAAGAACACACCACAUUUACAGACACUCAUUUGUAACAGAUGGAAAAACCAUUCAAGAUAUGGAACUGAACUGUAGUGCCACAUCUUAGAAUUGCUCAGUAAUGACUCACUAGUUGUUUAACCUGAAGAGUUACUCCUGUGUGCCGUUUAUUUCCAUGAACAUAAUUUGGUUUUUUUUGCAUUUGGGGGAGAGAUAAGGAUUGUUUGGUUGAUGGUAUUCUAGCUAGGCUCAGCCUAGAAAUAAAUCCUUCUCUUUUGCUGGUGGAA